AAGCUGAAACCAAAAGUCUGACGCUCAAGAACUGCACCACCCAGGGUCUUGUCUUCUCACCAGGAGUCAGCAUUGACAGUAGCGUUGAGCCACAGAAGAGCAGUUUCUGAACCUCAUUGCCAUCUCUCUGAAACUGGCGUGUGAAGGGCCGAAGCCCCUGACGGCCUUAAGACAAGAUGAGGACCGUGCUCAUGGUUGCAGAAAAGCCAUCCUUGGCCCAGUCCAUUGCUAAAAUCCUCUCUCGAGGAAACAUGUCCUCACACAAAGGCCUGAACGGAACAUGCUCGGUGCACGAGUACAGCGGGACCUUCGCUGGCCAGGCCGUCCGCUUCAAGAUGACAUCUGUCUGCGGUCACGUGAUGACCUUGGACUUCCUAGGAAAGUACAACAAGUGGGACAAGGUGGACCCCGCAGAGCUGUUCAGCCAAGCCCCGACAGAGAAGAAGGAAGCUAACCCCAAGCUGAACAUGGUGAAGUUCCUGCAGGUGGAGGGCAAAGGCUGCGACUACAUCGUGCUGUGGCUGGACUGCGACAAGGAGGGGGAGAACAUCUGCUUUGAGGUCCUAGACGCCGUGCUGCCUGUCAUGAAUCCAGCCCACGGUGGCGAAAAGACAGUGUUCCGGGCCAGGUUCAGCUCCAUCACGGACACGGACAUCUGCGCCGCCAUGGCCCGCCUGGGGGAGCCCGACCACAACGAGGCGCUUUCGGUGGACGCCAGGCAAGAGCUGGACCUGCGCAUCGGCUGUGCGUUCACCAGGUUUCAAACUAAGUACUUCCAGGGAAAAUAUGGCAAUCUGGACAGCUCCCUCAUCUCUUUUGGGCCAUGUCAGACCCCUACCCUGGGCUUCUGUGUGGAGAGACAUGAUAAAAUCCAGUCAUUCAAACCGGAGACCUACUGGGUGCUGCAGGCCAAGGUUAAUGCAGAUAAAGACAGAUCUCUUCUUUUGGACUGGGACCGAGUGCGAGUGUUCGACCGGGAGAUCGCCCAGAUGUUUUUAAACAUGACAAAGUUGGAGAAGGAAGCCCAGGUGGAGGCCACAAGCAGGAAAGAGAAGGCCAAGCAGCGGCCCCUCGCCCUGAACACUGUGGAGAUGCUGCGAGUAGCAAGCUCUUCUCUGGGCAUGGGGCCACAGCAUGCCAUGCAGACCGCCGAGCGGCUCUACACACAAGGCUAUAUCAGCUACCCGCGGACCGAGACCACCCACUACCCCGAGAACUUCGACCUGAAGGGCCCUCUGCGGCAACAGGCCAAUCACCCCUACUGGGCUGACACGGUAAAGCGCUUAUUAGCAGAAGGUAUCAACCGGCCACGGAAGGGCCACGAUGCUGGUGACCAUCCCCCCAUCACCCCCAUGAGGUCUGCCACUGAGGCCGAAUUAGGGGGCGAGGCAUGGCGGCUGUAUGAGUACAUCACCAGACACUUCAUCGCCACGGUGAGCUACGACUGCAAGUACCUCCAGAGCACCAUCGCCUUCAGAAUCGGGCCUGAGCACUUCACCUGCACGGGCAAAACUGUCAUCUCUCCAGGCUUCACGGAGAUCAUGCCCUGGCAGAGCGUGCCUCUGGAGGAGAGCCUGCCCACCUGCCAGAGGGGCGACACCUUUCCUGUGAGCGAGAUAAAGUUGCUGGAGAAGCAGACGAGCCCGCCCGACUACCUGACUGAGGCUGAGCUCAUCACACUCAUGGAGAAGCAUGGCAUCGGGACGGACGCCAGCAUCCCUGUGCACAUCAACAACAUCUGUCAACGCAACUAUGUCACUGUGGAGAGUGGGCGCCGGCUCAAGCCCACCAACCUGGGCAUCGUCCUGGUGCAUGGCUACUACAAGAUUGACGCAGAGCUGGUGCUCCCCACCAUCCGCAGUGCAGUCGAGAAGCAGCUAAACCUGAUCGCCCAGGGCAAGGCUGACUACCGCCAGGUCCUGGGCCACACACUGGACGUCUUCAAGAGGAAGUUCCACUACUUCGUGGACUCUAUCGCCGGCAUGGACGAGCUGAUGGAGGUGUCUUUUUCGCCCCUGGCGGCCACGGGCAAGCCCCUGUCCCGCUGUGGGAAGUGCCACCGGUUUAUGAAGUACAUCCAGGCCAAGCCAAGCCGCCUGCACUGCUCACACUGUGACGAGACCUACACGCUCCCCCAGAACGGCACCAUCAAGCUCUACAAGGAGCUCCGGUGCCCACUGGAUGACUUCGAGCUGGUCCUGUGGUCAUCGGGCUCUCGGGGCAAGAGCUAUCCACUGUGCCCCUAUUGCUCCAACCACCCACCCUUCCGAGACAUGAAGAAAGGCAUGGGCUGCAACGAGUGCACACACCCCACGUGUCAGCACUCGCUGAGCAUGCUGGGCAUCGGCCAGUGCGUGGGCUGUGAGGGCGGCGUGCUGGUGCUGGACCCCACCUCGGGCCCCAAGUGGAAGGUGGCAUGCAACAAGUGCAAUGUGGUGGCACACUGCUUCGAGAAUGCCUACCGUGUGCGCGUGUCCGCCGACACCUGCCGCACCUGCGAGGCUGCCCUGCUCGCCGUGGACUUCAACAAGGCCAAGUCCCCACUCCCGGGCGACGAGACACAGCACACGGGCUGUGUCUUCUGCGACCCCAUCUUCCAGGAGCUCGUGGAGCUGAAGCAUGCAGCCUCCUGCCACCCCAUGCACCGCGGCGGCCCAGGGAGGAGGCAGGGCCGAGGGCGGGCCCGGGGUCGGCGGCCCCCUGGCAAGCCCAGUGCCAGGCGGCCCAAGGACAAGAUGUCAGCCCUGGCCGCCUACUUUGUGUGAUGGCCUUGCCAUCCCUCGCUAGGCCCCACAUGGGUGUCCUGUGGGCUGCAGAAAUCAUUAAAAUGCAUUUUGUUCUUCUCCAGAGCAAGCGGCUCGGGACCUUUCACUGGCGCCCGAGGAUUAUGGGGUCCUCCCUGCCCAUCUCCUCCUUGCCCUUCCCAGCAUCCUUGUCCCAGUUCUCCCUCCAUUCUGCACACACCUCCUGAGUACCCUUGCUCUGCCCACAGCCCGGUGCUGCCCAUAGGGAGGCCACCGAGUGUAGAAAGGGGGAUCGAGCCCAGUCCAAGGCUCACAUCUUACUUCAGCACGUGUGGGAACGCAUGGUAGCUGUGUGCACAAGUAGGAGGUGUCCCCUCCUUGCAGGAGGCAUUCCCUGCAAGGCAAGGAAGAAAGAAGGGCCCCAACUGCCUGUCUUCCCAGGCCUGUGUCAUAGGAGGGCCACCUGUGGAAGGAGGCAGGGCUGAAAGAAGUCCUCACCAGACCUUGGCCAUCCCCACAGCCCACUGUUUGGGGUCAGAGGGUGGCUCUGAGCAGGCCUGUGUGUGGUGCGUGCAACCAUUGUGGCCUCCCAGGGCCUGUCCUGAUUCUUGCUCUCCCAUGAGCCCUUAUUGUCCCAGACAGAGGCAGGCCAGCCACUUCCUAGGAGGAGCUGGGUGUGGGUGCUGUGCUGAACCAGAGGGACCCCACAGAAGCCAUCUGCGAUUUGUCGGACAGAAACCAUCUGUCCGAUUUAGGAAAGAACCCAUCAGCCAAACCGCCCUGUGAGCUGUGCCCCACCUGCCAUCCUUCCCAUGCCCCUUUAUUGCUCCAGCCCCUGCAGGGAGGUGGUAGAUAGAACAGCUUUCCAAGCAGUAUGGUACUACACCUCUGUGAGGGACAGGUCAGGGACGUUUUGCAUGUGGACUCCCUAUCUGGGCAGCAAACUCACAGUCCACACUGGAACGUACAAGGCUCUGGGAAGAGCUUCCAUCAAUAAACUUGUGACGGCCCAGCAUUCCAAGCCAGUGCUGCACCCUCCAGGCUCCCUCUUUUGGGAGGCCCCAGCGAACAACCCAGGUGUCCCAGGAACACCGUGAAAGAACUCUAGAAGCUCAAAGAAAAUAUGCAGUGAGCCGGGGAGAUGACGACGUGACCUGAGAGCAGACUCCCCGGAAGCUGCUGGGUGGGAUGGUAUCCCAGGGGAAGGGGGGGCACUCGGAAUGCUUGUGUUCCUCCCCACCUCCCCUCUUGCUAGAACCAGACUCGGGGGGCACCAGCAAGGCCACAUCUGCUAGUGGAUAGUGUCCCUGGCACAGGGCUGUGGCUGCUCUGCCAGCCCAUCACAUAGCAAGUGGACCCAGGGCCUUCUCCAUGGGAGGGUGACCCAACUCCAUUCU